CGGGUGUACGGGGGUGGACCCUGGAUAGGAGUUGCUACUCCCUGAGGCAAACUGCAAAAGGCAAACUGCAAACUGCAAAAGGCAAACUGCAAAGGUUAAAAAGGAAACUGCAAAUGGCAAACUGCAAAUGGCAAAUGGCAAACUGCAAAAGACAAAAAGUAAACUGCAAGUGUCACGUGCACGCCACCCGGGGGACGGAGGUACGGAUUGUUUCCUUGAUCAUCCGAUAAACAUUGCUAGCCCUCCAAAGUCCUGAAAUAACCCCAGGGCAAGUUUAUUACACAAGCAAAUUAAUCCAUAGUUAUCAGGUCACUUUGGAUUUACAUCAUUUCACGUCAAUCAUCUUUGAUUUACUGGAUUGAAGUACAUAUUAAGCCUUUAUUGUUGUUUCUCCACCUUUUAGUUUUUUUUUUUCAGAUUAAUUUUUAGUCCGAUUAAUUUUUCUGCUGAAUUAACUAGCUAUCUGGUAUAACUAGGUAUUGGUAGUAUAAUGAACACUCCCACCAAUUCAAAUAACAACUUCCAAAGGACUCCCGCCAGUCCAAGCUUGCACCAUCACCAUUCCCAUUCGAAUCACCUAUCACAUCCCUCUCGUAAGCCAUCAGUGGUUGAGUUAUUAAGUUCACCUCCACCAUUACCCCAAACACCUGAUUUAGCCAUCAACGAUGAAUUGAACUCAUUUAGUUUAUCAAGAAACACCUCCAUCAGUUCCAGAGCUUCAUCGCAGAUUCAGCUGAGUGAUUGGAAUGAAAUACCAUUAAGCGAAUUGGCCGAACAAUCAAAAUUAAUAUCAAUUAAUUCAAGUUACUCAAUACAAAAAGCUUUUGAAACAUUGGUCAAUCAUGAUUUAACCUCAAUUCCGGUUUCCUUGAGUACUUCCAAUCUGAAGGAUUUAUCUAAUUGCUUAACUUUUGAUUUUAGUGAUUUAAACACUUAUCUUUUAUUAAUCAUGAAUAAAAUUAAUAUUAAUGAUUUACCAAUUACUGAAAUUGGCGAUAAAAAUUGGUCAUUAAAUGAAAAAAGAGACUUUUUCAUGAAGAUUAUUAAUAAGGCUAAACGGGGGGAAGAAGUGCCCGUUGAUUUUAUUGUUAAAUUACAUCCAAAAAAUCCUUUUUUACAAUUUAAUUCAAAUCAACCUUUGUUAAAAGCAAUGGAAGCUUUAGGUAAUGGCACUCAUCGGGUGGCCAUCACCAACAAUACAAAUCAAAUCAUUGGGGUCUUAUCCCAAAGAAGAUUAAUCAAAUACAUGUGGGAAAAUGCCCGUAGAUUUCCUUCCUUGGAGUAUUACUUGAACUCAACUUUACAAGAUUUGAAAAUCGGCUCAACUAAUCCUUUCACCAUCUAUGAAGAUCAACCUUUAAUCGAUGCAUUAUUGAAAAUGUUCAAUGAACGGGUAAGUUCAUUGGCGGUUAUUGAUCGUAAACAUUUAUUAAUUGGUAACAUUUCAAUCGUGGAUGUGAAAAACGUGAGCUCCACUAAAAACUCCCACUUAUUAUUUAAAUCAGUUUUAAAUUUCAUCAGCUAUAACUUAUCCCAAAAGGGUAUUGAAGAAGGUCAAGACCAAUUCCCUAUUUUCCAUGUUAAUAACCAACUGAGCUUGGGCAGAGUCAUUGCUAAAUUAGUAGCCACUCAAUCCCAUCGUUUGUGGAUUGUGGAUUCAAGACCUUCAAUUAAUCAUAAUUCAGUUAGUAGUAACUCUUCAAAUAAUUCCGGUCCGAUCGAAUCAGCUCUUUCUCCCCAACCUUCUGAAUCGGAUUUAUUGAAUUUAGAACCAAGUGGUCGUCCCGGUAAACUAAUCGGCGUGGUUACUCUAACCGAUAUCUUGGGUCUUUUUGCUCAACUGAAGUUGAAUCAUAAAAAAAUUGACCCCCAAUUUGCUAGAAAUCAAAGACGUAGAUCUUCAACUUCAACUACAAGAUCUUCUCUAGAUGGUUUACCUCCAGCAGUCCCAAACUCUCCCAAUGAUAAUGGUGACCUCUUCAGAAAAUCGUACACUGCAAAUAAAGGCGAUAACGUUUUCUCCAAAAACUAACUUGUUUAUUUAUUUUAUUAAAAAAGAAAAUACAUCUAUAUAUAAUUAUAAUUAAUUUGUAGUUGCAGCUUGGUCGAUAUACGUUUUGUCAAUCAUGACAAGGGCUGGAGCCCUACU